UUCAUUAUAUCAUACAACACAGUAGUUGAUGAUGAGGAGCCCCACAUUGGUUAAGAUAAUUUUUCUUUUGGUGUUUGUUGGGUGGCUCAUGGUUUGGAUCUUGUUACCCACAAAGGUUUACCGGAACACAUGGACACCCCAACUCAAACAAAAAUUAAACUCCACAUACUUUAGAGAGCAAGGCACAAAUCUCUUGCUUUUCACAUUCCCCGUUGUCUUCAUGGGGGCUCUGGGUUGUAUUUAUCUCCAUCUUCACCUCAAAAAACCUGAAAACCUAUCUUCUUCCCAAAGCAGAGGAAGGUUACGUUUGUUGAGAAGGCCAGUUCUUGUGAUGUCUCCAAUAGGAAUUGUGACAUCAAUGGAGCUUAUUUUUGCAGUGAUGUUUGGUGCACUCUUGAUAUGGUCCCUUUCCAAUUACCUACACACUAGCUUUGAGCACCUCCAUAUGCACAAGGAGGGUGAGAAAGUGUGGGAAGCAAAGUUCAGAAGUGUAUCUCUGAGAGUUGGAUACAUAGGAAACAUAUGUUGGGCAUUCCUAUUCUUUCCGGUCACAAGAGCAUCUUCCAUUCUUCCCCUUGUUGGAUUGACAUCAGAGUCAAGCAUCAAGUACCAUGUUUGGCUUGGACAUUUAUCCAUGCUGCUUUUUGCUCUGCACACCAUAGGUUUCUUUAUCUACUGGGCCAUCACAGAUCAAAUGAAAGAGAGCCUAGAGUGGAGCAAGACAUAUGUAUCAAAUGUAGCUGGUGUUAUUGCAAGUUCAAUUGCGUUAGCCAUGUGGGUACCAAGCUUUCCUCGGUUGAGGCGUAAAAUGUUUGAGCUUUUCUUCUACACUCACCAUCUCUACACUCUCUACAUCUUAUUUUAUGCCAUUCACGUCGGAGUUGAAUACUUGUGCAUGAUCGCUCCUGGGAUCUUCCUCUUCCUCGUUGACAGACACCUCAGAUUCUUGCAAUCUCGCCAAAAUGCACGCUUGCUAUCAGCUCGCAUUUUACCUUCUGCUGUAGUUGAGCUCAACUUCUCCAAGACUCCAGAUUUGUUGUAUAACCCCUCGAGCAUGGUGUACAUAAAUGUACCCAAAAUUUCGAAGCUGCAGUGGCACCCUUUCACUGUGAUUUCUAGUUGUAAUAUGGAGAAAGAUAUUCUAAGUGUUGCCAUUAAAACUGAGGGUAGCUGGACAAACAAACUCUAUCAGCAACUUUCUUCAUCUGCUUUGGAUCAUCUCAACGUAUCUGUUGAAGGACCCUAUGGACCAACUACUUCACAUUUUCUAAGGUACGAAGAGCUUGUGUUGGUGAGUGGUGGAAGUGGCAUCACACCCUUCAUAUCUAUAAUCCGUGAGCUCAUAUUUCAAAGCCAGCAAGAAUCUCAUGUUCCAAGAGUCCUACUUGUUUGUGCUUUCAAAAACUACGUUGAUCUAACCAUGUUAGAUCUUAUGCUUUCUGUUUUUGGCUCAUCAGACCAAAUCUCAAACCUUCGAUUUCAAAUCGAGGCCUACAUUACCAGAGAAAAAGAAGAACCUCCUAUAGAUUCACAAAAACCGAUCCAAACCAAAAGGUUUAAGCCUACCCUCUCAGACACUCCUAUAUCAGUAGUGUUAGGCCCAAACAACUGGCUAUGGCUUGGUGCUAUAAUCUCAUCAUCCUUUCUCAUGUUCCUCCUUCUCCUGGGGAUAAUCACUCGUUACUACAUAUACCCUAUUGAAAAUAAUUCAGAUGAUGUUUACCAUUGGACCUUUAAGGUUUUGUGGUUUAUGUUUCUACUUUUUGCAGUGGUGUGUGUAUGUUCUAGUGCAGUUUUUCUGUGGUGGAGGAGACAAAACACCUUGGAAAGUAAGCAAAUCAUGAAUGUAGAAGUUCCAACACCAACAACAUCACAAGGGUCAUGGAUAUAUGGGUCAGAGAGAGAGCUCGAAAGCCUUCCCCAUCAGUCUCUGGUGCAAGCAACCAAUGUGCAUUUUGGUGCAAGGCCUGAUCUCAAGAAAAUUCUGUUUGAUUGCAAAGGAAAAGAUGUUGGAGUCUUGGUGUGUGGCCCAAGGAACAUGAGACAUGAAGUUGCCAGAAUUUGUGCUUCUGGUUUGGCUGAUAAUCUUCACUUUGAAUCCAUCAGCUUUACAUGGUGAUGUAUGGUUAUGUAUAUAAUAUGUUGUAUGUACAUUUGUCAAUAAUUGUUGUAGCUUUAAUUUGUAUAACUAUUAAUGUUGGCUCAAUAUCGAUACACUUUUCUGCUAGUAAAUAAUGGAGUAUCGAUUAGCAAUGGUGUGUUAUGUGUCAGAUUUGGUAGUAGAUAAUGGAGAACAAUAUCGAUACACGUUUGUUCCUUUCUGGUGUGUUAUGUGUAAUGUAUUGAAUUGAGUGGAGGUUAGCAA